AUGUUUGAUGGAGAUAUUCCUAUUUCCAUUGGAAUUCUUGGUGUUCUUCGGCAUCUCAAUCUGUCUCAUAAUAGGCUAACUGGCCAUAUACCAUCAUCAUUGGGAAAUCUAACAUUGCUUGAAGCGCUAGACGUGUCUUGCAACCAACUCAUAGGGGAAACCAUGGCAACUGUCAAAGCUUGGAUUUCUGGAACACCCUUACAUGCAAACAAAGAAGAAGCUGAAGCUCUCUUGCAAUGGAAAAACAAUGGCCUAUCAUCAUCCUCUACUUCUUUACUGGAUUCGUCCUGGUCUGUCAACAACCUCACAAAUUUGUGCAAUUGGGAGGGAAUCAUCUGCAAUCGGGGUGGAUCUGUUUCAGAGCUCAAUCUACCUCAUGGGAAGAUCAUAGGUACACUUGAACCACUCCGUUUUUCCUUACUUCCUAAUCUUACUCGCAUCAAUCUCAAUAACAAUAGUUUGAGCGGAGUGAUACCAUCUGCUAUCAGCAGCCUCCUUAAGCUCACUUUUCUGGACUUGAGCAAUAACAACUUCACGGGGGCAAUACCAGUAGAGGUUGGGCAGUUGACACAGCUCAGGUACUUUAGUUGUUUCAAAAACUUUCUGGACGAUGUGAUUCCAUUUGAAAUUAGCAAUCUUCAAAACUUGAGGUACCUGGAUUUGGGAGUGAAUAAUCUGGAAACUCCCAAUUGGUCUAAAUUCCAUGCUAUGCCUUUGUUGAAGCAUCUCAACCUCCGUGCUAAUGAGUUCACUUUGGAUUUUCCAAAAGACUUGAUAACAAAUUGUCCAAACCUGUCUUACCUUGAUUUGUCAAAAAAUCAUUUUACACGCCAAAUUUCAGUGUCUGUGUUUUCCAAGCUACAGAAACUGGAGCAUCUUAAUCUUGCUUUUCUGGCACAAUUCCAGAAGAAAUUGGUUCAAUCACCAGUCUUCAAGUACUGA